UCAAUGUCAAGAUAAUAAAACAAAUAAACAUAACCUCCUCCUUAACCAGCUAAAGUUAACUAAUAGUAAAAAACUUCAUAACCUACUCAACCUCCUAAAUAAAAAGUAUUCAAUGCUGAAGAUUAUGCUAAACCUCCCCAUUUGACAAAAGAAGAAGUCUUAGAAGUUAAAGUAUGAUUAUAUUGUAAUUUUAAGUAAGCCUUUGAUAUUUUUGAUAAUGAUGGAUCUGGAGCAAUUGAUCCAUAAGAAUUGAGAGAAGCUUUUGAAGCAUCUGGAAUUAAAACAUAUCACAAUAAAUUUAUUUAUUAAGUCUUAGGAGAGUUAGAUACUGACAAUUCUGGAGGAAUAGAUUUUGAAGAAUUUUUACAUCUAGCAACAGCAAAAGUUAGUGAUAAAGAUACACGAGACUAAAUUCAAAAGGUAUUUAAUUUAUAUGACUGGAACAAAGAAGGUAAACUAAUAUAUUUACUAUUUAAGGUCGAAUAACUUGGGAUGAACUCAAAAGAGUAGCUUAAGAUUUAGGAGAAGAAAUGACAGAUGAAGAAAUUUAACAUAUGUUUAAGAAAGUAUAUAUUAUUAAUAUAUUUAAUAUAGGCUGAUUUGGAUGAUGAUGGAUUUGUUACAUUUUAAGAUUUUUAUAAUCUAAUGACCUAAAAAGAAUAUGGAAAGUAAUGAG